AUGUCCAUCGCUUCGUCUCACAACAGCCCCAUAAUUGACCAUAGAGAUAGAGUUGCCGAUGUUAUGGACGAUCCCUUUAAUACCGAUGCAGACAUGGUAUAUUUUACCACCUCCGCCGACAAAGAGGUUAUGAGUCCCGUGCUGGAAUCCAUGGACACUCCUAGGCACGGUGGACAUGAUCUUGGUAAAAUGGUGGAAGCUUACGAACGCCAGUUUCAUCUCAACCAUACACACCAUUCAAUGUCUCUAUCUCUUACUCCUGCCAUCACUUCUUUUGACCUGAUAGACCAAAAUGAGAAGUGGCAUGAAAUCUCUUCCCGAACCAGAGAGUCAACACCCCUCCUGUCUCCUGCCAUCACACCUUCCAUGACUUACAGGCACCAGACCAUGCACUCUACGCCCCACGAAGAUUUUACCAGCUCCGCGAACGAUGUGUUUUCUUCGGAUGAGAUGGAACUCACUCCUCUAUCAUCUCCUGCUAUUAUUCCCCAAGAGUCAUCGGAGCUCCAUUCUGAGAAUGUGGAUAACCUUGACGCAGUUCAGCGUCACUUGGAGAACUUGGAACAAACCAAGAAUAUGCUGAAGAAGCAAUUGGCUGAACUACAACAACAAGGUCGAGGCGUGGUCAAUCAAAGCAAUUUAAUGAAUACUUUAUCACAAAGAACGGACAUGCAACACGCCAUUCGAAACGCUGGUCCCACUAGGGCUUCCAAUCGAUCACGGAUCACAUACAGCCCAUACAAGUCUGCAAGUCAACCGCGAAAAACUAAUACUGACCACCACACAAUUCCUUCCGACCCCUCAUCGAUCAGUAUGCCACCACCAUUGACUACCUUGAAAGGUUCCUGGUCAAUGGUAGAAGAUAAUUCAAUCAACCCCGGAGCCUCCAAUACCAAGAGUCCUAUAGACCUCAAGCCAGCCACACCUUCAUCUGUCAUGAACAUCAAAACAAAAUCAAAAGCAAAUCAACCGCGAAGGUCGUCUGUAUCUUCUUACAAGUCCACUCCAAAGCUCAUACCUUCUGUUACCCCUCGUCCUUCUCCAGCCAAGCCUUCCCCACGGGCUUUACGACCUCUGCUUGUCAGUCCAACGCUUGAUGUAUAUUCCUCCAUUGAGGAUGCUGCCAAAGCAUUGGAAGCCAAAUCAAACUACCAAAACCUUCGCGAAGGCAAGACCGAUGUCUUGGGAAUCAAGUUUUCUCCUGGCAUCAAUGCUGGCUUAGAAAACCGAAGGUCAGCCCACAAAAAGGCAGAGAAGAGAAGAAGAGACAGUCUCAAAGAUUGGUUCAACAAGCUUAGAGAUGAAAUCGUCACAGACAUGGAUGAGGAUAUUAAUUCUUCAGACGAUGAGGGUUCUGUUUCCAAAGACGGUUCUCAAGAAAAAGCUAUAAGCAAAUUGGCAGUAUUGAGUAAAACCUGUGACUACAUGAAGCGACUCAAAGAAGAGCUCAAGAAGAGAGACGAUCAUAUUGCAAGUUUGGAAGAAAAGUUAAAGUUAUCUAACACGAGAGUGACCUUGGGUUAA